AUGACAAAACGGAAGCAGCAGCUCAGUGUCGUUGCGUAUCGAAGCUCUGGUCAUCCAUUAUUCGCCGUCCGAAUUACAACAUGUUGUUCCCGGCCAAGUCUCCGGCUGCACCGAGAUAAGCAUUCAUCUCUUGAAGCCACUCUUCACAUCAGUUCGAUCGCCACAGAUUACUGCCAAAUAUGUCCCCCGGUCAAUGGUUUGGUGUGCCGUUACAUGUAUGGGAAGGAUUUUAUAUAUGUGGUGGUUUCUAAUCCCAUCACAGGAGAGAAUGUAACGACACCAAAAGUGACAACAAAGGGGUAUCCAUCAAAGGAGAAAAUAUAUUUUGGCUAUGAUCCAGUUGAAGAACAGUUCAAGCAAUUAUUGGCCAAAAACGUUCCAUCGUUUGCUUUGAUGUUUGAGAACGCCGAGGAACAUAAAUGGUCAGACACUUUCUACAAAAUGCCCGAAGUGCUACGUCCAAGCCGGAUAGAAUCAGUGUUCUCUGCUGGAAUGAUUGGUACUGGCGAAGUUGUUUUGUAUCGAAAAUAUGCACAAAACUUUUUCUACAUUCUCUACUACAACCUCGAGAAAAACAUUAUUACAAGUGUAAGCCUUCGAGUUCCAGGACUUGAUUAUGUGGAGUACAAUGAAGUUCACACAUUUCCAGACUUUGUAGGAGAAUUGAAGCUUAUGUAA